UCCCGGACCAGGGCUCGAACCCGUGUCCCCUGCAUUCACUGCCCUUGUUUUAAGGUUCUGUUGUUUGCAGUUCACAUGAUGAAGGAGGAAGCAGGAGGUGGUGGUUAAGAUGGGGAGAGAAUCCUGAGCCCAGAGAAAGAACAGGAGGUACAAAACAGACGGGCAAGUUGCAGUUUUGGGCAAUUCUCCAAACCUGAUGGCAUUUCUGCAUAGCUUACCCAAUAAAGUGGCAGCCCCUUUCGGUGUUCUCUUUGAGGGGGAUCCUCUACCUCUGGGCCUCACUGCUGACUCGCUGGUCACCUGAGCUCAGCUGCUAACAUUCAGGCUUUGCUCUUGUGCCCUCCUGCCUCCCCUUGCGUGCAGUUUAACUUAGGGCACUGCUGUGAUGGUGGUCUUCUCUCAGAAUUACCCCCAAGCUGACUAUCGACAGCUGCCUGUUGUUUCUGAAUUAAUCCCAGGCCAGAGCUGUGGUUCAGAACAGAGUGAGAACAGACACAUCCUCAGAUCUAGGCACCCAGAGCUGGGAAGGGCCUUGUUGAUGAGCUGAAGACCCCAAGGCCCAGAAAGGUGAAAUGACUUGCCCAAAGUCACAGGGAGCCCUUGGCAGAGUGGAACAUGAACUUCUAAAAUUUGAUGCCCUAUUUAAUCUUCUUUCUCUGUACUGUGAUGCUUCCUGAAAAAAAGUGGGGUUCUUACUUCCCAAAGAGUGAAAACUCUGCAUCUUUUUUUUUUUUUUCCCUUUGGUUCCAGGAAAGGCCCCGGAAUUCGUCUUUUAGUCUUGAGAUUGCUUUCCUUCAAACCUGGCCUUCCUUGCCCUAUCUUUCAUCUUUGGCCGCCAGGAAUCUGGAUGAGAGCAUACAUUUGGGAGAGAGGUCUAUGCUUGGGGUCUUCCAAUGCUCUUAAGUUUGGUCUGUGGCUUUCCCUUUCCAUGGCAGGGUCCUCAGGAACCUCCUGAAAGGGUUUGCAAAGCUGUUACGUACCUGCAUUUUUCUAGGAGGAGGAUCCACAUAUUUCAUUUGAUUCUUACCUGACUCAAGUAAGGAGAAGAACUACUGGGGGUGGGGGUAGUGGAGUUGGAUAGGGGGUUGGCUGGCACUGGAGACUAGCAUAAUACCCUACACCUGAGUUGGCUUUGCAGUUUAUGAACUAUUUCACACAGAUUAUUUCAUCUGCUUUUUAUAAUACCCUGUGAGGCUGUUGUUGUUAUUCCCAUUUUGCAGAUGGGGAAACUGAGCCUCCAUGGUUACUGCCAUGCCGCAGUCACAAGUAAGUAGUAGAGCAGGGAUCAAAUCUGGUGUCCUUAGUUGACGUGGUCCACCACGGCACAUCAUCAUUGCACUUGUGUGAGUGGAGGACCUCGAACUUUUUGGGGCUGCUUCUUUCUUCUCUUUUCUUUUCUUUUUGGAGCUCCUUCUCCAUGAUAUCCACUGCUGGCUUAUGUCCAACCAUGGCGCCAGACCUAAGUGCUAACUUACCCGUGGGCGGGAUGGAUAAAGUAUGGGAGGCAGUUAUCAUAACAGUGAUAUGUGGACUGGGGCCAGUUUGGGAUGAUUUCAUGAAAGAGGUGAAUUUGAGGGUAGGUCUGGGGCUGUGGCAGACCUGGCAGAGGUUUUCAGUUGGGACCAUGGCCCAAAAAGGGUGAAGGGGAAAUUGUGUGUGCUUGGUCCGGGGUGGAGCUAACCAAGGAGGUUGGGUGGAUCCUGCAGUCAGACGGGGCUUCUCAUAGUGACUGGGCUCUUUCUCUGGCCAGCUCUGUGCUACACCCUGGGGCUGCAACCGUGAACAGGCACAGCCCUCCUGCCUUCAAAGAACCCACUGUCUCGCGGGAGAGGCAGGCACUUAAACAGUUAAAUUCAGCAUGUGUGGUGAGCGCAGUGCUGGAGAAAGUUGCCUUCCAGACAAGGGCCACCUGCUGUAGCCUCAGAGAUCAGAGAGGGCUUCCUAAGGGAGAUGAUGCAGGAGCUGAAUCUGAAUGUAUGAAAAGGAAUUAGCCAGGAGAAGAGACCGGAGAAGGACCUUCAGGGGGAAGGGAUGUGGGCAGAACGGCGUGGAGGCCCGAGGCUGCCUGGUGGAGGAAGGGGCUGCCCCAGGGCAGUCAAGCACAAGGCCGAGAGGCACACAGAGCCCCGCUCUGAGGAGCUUGUGAGCCUGGCUGAGGAUUUCACGUUUCAGCAUGGAGGACAGGACGUUAAGCAGAGUCGAGGCACUCGGCCAUGGGCCAGAAGGGAGCAUGACUGGGAGCCAGAGGCGGCCUCUGGGCUGAUGAGGCAACAGGCAGCUCCAUGCAGCGUUCAGGUCCCAGGGGACGAGACAUAUGGGGACGAGGGAAGGCCACGUAUUAAAAACGUUUGGGGAGUAAAGUCGGCCGCGAUUGCUUAGCUUUGGGGGAUAAGUGGGGAGUCCCAGUGACUCCCAGGCUUCUGGCCUUGUGGACUCAGUGGAUGGCGGCCUUUACUGGGCAGUGCCCUUCUGGUGGCUGGAGCAGGUCUGCUCUGGUGGGGGUGAGGAGGAUUGUGAGAAUCCUUUGUCACGCCGGGCCGCUGUCAUCAGGGAAGCCAGGCGGGGAUGCUGUGUCAUGCUGGAGGCCCGGCUGGCAGAAUCCAGCAACAGCCAGGAGCGCGCUUCAGCUGGAAGCCUUCAACCCAGGCCCCUGAGCGGGAGGGAUGGAGAACUCCUCAGCAGCGUCGGCCUCCUCCGAGGCCGGGAGCAGCCGCUCCCAGGAGAUCGAGGAGCUUGAGCGGUUCAUCGACAGCUACGUGCUUGAGUACCAGGUGCAGGGGCUGCUGGCCGACAAGACGGAGGGGGACGGCGAGAGUGAGAAGACGCAGUCCCACAUCUCCCAGUGGACGGCGGACUGCAGUGAUCAGCUGGACUGCAGCUACUCUUUCUCCCGAGGGCGAGCCCCCCUGCAGCAGAAUGGCAGCAAAGACACCUCUCUGGACAUGCUGGGCACAGAUAUCUGGGCUGCCAACACCUUUGAUUCCUUCAGUGGUGCCACCUGGGACCUGCAGCCUGAAAAGCUGGACUUCACCCAGUUCCACCGGAAGCUCCGACACACGCCCAAGCAGCCCCUGCCACACAUCGACCGUGAAGGGUGUGGAAAAGGGAAGCUGGAAGAUGGGGAUGGAAUCAACCUGAAUGACAUCGAGAAGGUCCUCCCGGCCUGGCAGGGCUACCACCCGAUGCCCCAUGAGGUGGAGAUUGCACACACGAAGAAGCUGUUCCGGAGGAGAAGAAAUGACCGAAGGCGGCAGCAGAGACCCCCAGGAGGGAACAAGCCUCAACAGCACGGUGACCACCCACCGGGCAGUGCCAAACACAACAGGGACCACCAGAAAUCCUACCAGGGGGGCUCAGUGCCCCACCCCUCAGGGAGGUCCACCCAUCACGGCUACAGCCAGAACCGGCGCUGGCAUCACAGCAACAUGAAGCAUCCACCAGGCGACAAGGGGGAGGCAGGCGCCCACCGCAGUGCCAAAGAGACCGUGACCGUGGAGAGCCCCAAACUCGAGGACGCCCUGGGGGAGGCCGGGCACAGCGGCCUCGAGCCCCCCUGCAGCCCCGAUGCCCUGGCCCCGGUGGCUUCCGAGAGGCUGCCCCUGCUGCAGCCAGGCGGUCCAGAGGCUGAGACAAAGCGUAAAGACAGUAUUAUUCCCGAGCGCAGCGGGGAGCGGCCCAGAAUUACCCUGCUCCAGUCUUCCAAAGACAGGCUGCGGCGAAGGCUGAAAGAAAAGGUACCGGAUGAAGUGGCCGUGGAGACCACCAACCCUCAGCAGAACAAGAUGGACAAGUUGAUUGAGAUCCUGAACAGCAUGAGAAACAACAGCAGCGACGUGGAUGCCAAGCUCACCACCUUCAUGGAGGAGGCCCAGAACUCGACCAACUCCGAGGAGAUGCUGGGGGAGAUCGUCCGCACCAUCUACCAGAAGGCCGUGUCCGACCGCAGCUUUGCUUUCACGGCCGCCAAGCUCUGCGACAAGAUGGCGCUCUUCAUGGUGGAGGGGACCAAGUUCCGGAGCCUGCUUCUCAACAUGCUUCAGAAGGACUUCACAGUGCGGGAGGAGCUGCAGCAGCAGGACGUGGAGCGCUGGCUGGGCUUCAUCACCUUCCUGUGCGAGGUCUUCGGCACCAUGCGCAGCAGCACGGGCGAGCCCUUCCGCGUGCUCGUCUGCCCCAUCUACACCUGUCUCAGGGAGCUCUUGCAAUCUCAGGAUGUGAAGGAAGAUGCCGUCCUGUGCUGCUCAAUGGAGCUGCAGAGCACAGGCCGACUGCUGGAGGAGCAGCUGCCCGAGAUGAUGGCGGAGCUCCUGGCCAGUGCCCGCGACAAGAUGCUGUGCCCCUCAGAGUCGAUGCUGACCCGGUCCCUGCUGCUGGAGGUCAUCGAGCUCCACGCCAACAGCUGGAACCCUCUGACGCCCCCCAUCACGCAGUACUACAACAGAACCAUCCAGAAACUGACAGCCUGACAGCCAGGGGGCCUGGCGGGUGGCCCGAGGGCAGCUGGGGCCCUGGUGCACAGAGCCAGAUGGACAGGCGGGAGGACAGGGGUGGCCCUGCCGGCAGAAAGAAAUGGGGAGGAAGGCAAGCAGAGC